AUGGCCGACGCUCCCGCUCCCGCGGCCCCUGAGAUGUCCAAGCGGGCGGCUGAGAAGGCUCGCAAAAAGGCUGAGGCCGCCGCGAAGAAGGCCGCCGCGAAGACCGAGGCCGCCCUCAGACCCAAGCCUACCGACUCCAAGCCGGCCAACGUCUUCGAGGAAGGCUGGUUGAAGCGCGUCUACAACGAGAAGCCCGUCGCCGACGUCCGCACUCGUUUCCCCCCCGAGCCCAAUGGCUACCUGCACAUCGGCCACGCCAAGGCCAUUGCCGUCAACUUUGGCUUCGCGAAGAACUACAAUGGCGUCUGUGUCCUGCGCUUCGACGACACGAACCCGGCCAAGGAGGAGGAGAAGUUCUUCACCUCUAUCCAGGACAUGGUGUCCUGGCUUGGCUUCAAGCCCCACGCCAUAACCUAUAGUAGCGAUAAUUUCGACAAGCUCUACGAGCUGGCCGAGGAGAUGAUCAGGCGGGACAAGGGAUAUGUGUGCCACUGCACUAGGGAGGACGUCAACCGCCAGCGCGGCGAGAAUAAGGGCGGCGACCGUUUUGCCUGCGCACAUCGCGAUAGGCCUGUCGAGGAAUCACUGGCCGAAUUCCGCGCCAUGCGCGAUGGCAAGUACGAGCCAGGUGCCGCCCAUUUGCGCAUGAAGCAGAGUCUCUUGGAUCCCAAGGAGGGUAACCCGCAGAUGUGGGACCUGGCCGCCUACCGUAUCGUCGAGCAGAACCACCACUUCCGCACCGGUGAUAAGUGGAAGAUCUAUCCCACAUACGACUUCACCCACUGCAUCUGCGAUGCCCUUGAGAACAUCACCCACUCGCUGUGCACCACCGAGUUCCAACAGUCCCGUAUAUCCUACGACUGGCUUCUGGAGAUUCUGGACAUGAAGGUGCCGAAGUCGGAGGAGAAGGGCCCAAUGCAGCGAGAGUAUGGCCGUCUCAAUGUAGAGGGCACCAUUCUUUCGAAGCGUCGUAUUGCUAUGCUCGUUGAGGGAUGCACUGUCGAGAAGAAGAACCAGGACGGCACCAUGACAACCCAAAAAGUCUCCCCAGCUGUCCGCGGCUGGGAUGACCCACGCCUUUACACCCUUGUUGCUCUUCGACGCCGCGGCAUUCCCGCCCAAGCUCUUCUCAACUUCGUUCACGAGUUGGGCGUGACCGACGCACUUACUAGCAUCCAGGCAGUCAGGCUGGACAACGCUGUCCGCAAGCACCUCGAGCGCACUGUACCUCGUCUCAGCUUGAUCAUUGACCCGAUUAGGGUUGUUAUCGAAGACAUACCGGAGGACCACCAAGAGGAGAUCUCCGUGCCGUUUGAUCCAAAGAAGCCCGACGGUGACAAGCGCAACGUGCCUUUUUCACGUAGCCUCUACAUCGAUCGCAGCGACUUCCGUGAAGAGGCCGAUCCCAACUUCUUCCGCCUCGCACCUGGCCAGACCGUCGGUCUUCUCAACGUCGGUCCCAUCAAAGCGACAUCUUUCACAAAGGAUCCGGCAACUGGCAUCGUCGAUGAGGUUCGUGCUGUCAAGACAGACCCAACAGUCAAGCCCAAAGGUUGGAUCCACUGGGUCGACGCGAAGACGAACCACCGCGUCGUCGCCCGCCAGUACAAUGCUCUAUUCCGCGCUACAGAGCCGAAUGCUCUGGACUGGAAGACUGGUGGCUACGCUGACGACCUCAAUCCCGAGAGUGAGGUUGUCCACAAGGAUGCAGUCAUUGAGAAGGGGCUUGACGCUCUCACUGCCGCACAUUCCACGAAGCCUGAUGGUGGCUCAGAUGACCUUGUUCGCUUCCAGGCUAUGCGUACUGGUUACUUCUGCAUCGACCCCGAACUUGAAGGCGAUACGAUCGUACUUAACCAGAUUGUGACGUUGAAAGAGGACAAGGAUAAAUAA